AUGAUCCAAGAGCGUAGAACGUUAGGGCAAACGGUCGUAUUUGAUGAUAUACCCUCCGAAAGAAUAGAACAACGAGUGUCUCCUUUAUCUGGUUAUAGGAGUAAACGACACAUUUAUAACGCUGCAUACCCGCGGACCCUAGACGGAAGCACAACGAUCUAUCCAAAGAGGAGCAUACCGCAUCCCAAUGAGAGUAAGGCUGAAAAAGGCACUAGAAUUUCGUCAGAAUUGGACGAAAUUGUCAGUGCGAGGGUCAAAGCAGGUGAUAAGGAGUCAAUGGAGGUAAACGGAGAGCGUAUCUAUUGCGUCAUUGAGCGUCUAGUUCACGAGAAGGCUAGAGGUGAUGGUCUCACUUUGAUUUUGUGCCACUCAAAUGGUUUCGUUAAGGAGACCUGGGACGCGACGCUAGAAGAGCUAAUCAAACAACCCGGACAUCCUAUUGAUGAGAUUUACUUAUUCGAAUGCGUUAACCACGGGCAGAGUUUCCUCCUGAAUGCCUCCAAACUUGGUUUGGUUUUCGACUGGUCGGAUUUCUCACGUGAUAUACUUACUUUUUUGACUUACUAUUUACCACAAACUUUCACUUCUGAAGAUUUACCAACAAAAUUACCCUUACAACACACACGGACAGGUCCGUGGAAGAACUUUGAGAGUACCCGCAAGAUUACCCCUAUUGGACACUCUUUGGGUGGUACGUCACUCGCAUUGGCGUAUGCAGAAGCACCCAAGCUGUUUGGACCAGACGGAUCACUCAUACUUAUUGAUCCUAUUAUACGUAUACCAGAACAUCCGUUAGAAUUUAAAGCAGGCGUGCAGCUAAAAACAGGAUUGAAGACACAGAUACCAGCACAACUCGCUCUUAAGAGGAGAGACAGAUGGGCUACCAAGGAGGAGGCCUUCAAGACAAUGACGAAAUCAGCGCUCUUUUCACAAUUUGAUAAGAGAGCGUUGCAAGCGUACGUUGAAUAUGGUACUAUGGAAGAUGAAGAUGGGAAUGUUACAUUAGUAACAGACAAACUCCAAGAAGCUGCAGUCUUUGCUGAUGAUUUGGCAUUCUUCGAAGGUAGUUCCGCAAUAGCAGAGCUGUCUACCAAGAUAAAAGUGCUAGUUGUUUUAGCAUCAAAACCAGGUCCUAUCACAGCAGUACGAGAUGAAAAAGAGAAGGAAGCUAUCUUCAAAGGCACACAAGUCGAGGAGAUAAAUUCAGGACAUUUGAUAGUACAGGAAGUACCAAAUAAACUUAGUAAAGUAAUAAACAACUUUAUAAAUAACAAACUGAGUUGUAAACUUUAA